AUUUAUUCGACAGUUGCACCAGUCCACGAAAAUUCGCGUGAAAAAACAAAAGAAGACAAAUCGUCGAAAAUAUGGCUAUGAGAAGCUGUGAACGCUUAUUGGUAAAUAUUCUGAUAAUCCUUGAAAUCAUGCACAUUUCGAUCGCAAUGCCUUCGGAAUAUGAUUUGCGACAUCCGGACGCAGAAAAACUUUCCCAGCUCUAUCAAAAUCCCGGUUUCUUCGGCGGUGAUAUGCGAGGUGGAAUGAACAUUCCUGAAUCCCCAUCCGACGAGUUUCCUUUGAUGACGAUCAAAGAAACUGAUCGCUACAAAUAUUGGCCGCAUGGGAUCUUGUUCUACGAGUUUUCCUCUGAAAAUUAUAUUGAUCCGAUUUCAUGGAAUGCCGCUGUGGAAGCGAUACAACUGAAGACUUGUUUGCGGAUCGUUCCCAGGAAUAAUACUGCGUCUAUUAAUACCUACGUCAAGGUUACCUCAGAAAAUACCGGUUGCUGGUCUUACGUGGGCAUGGACACCCUGGGAGCCCAGGUUCUGAAUCUUCAAUGGCCUGGUUGUUGGGUGACCGGAACCAUCAUUCAUGAGCUUUUGCAUGCCUUUGGUUUGAUUCAUCAGCAUCAGCGAUACGACAGAGAUAAUUACAUUACGAUUAAAACGCAGAAUGUUGAAUCAGGUAUAUAUGGUUCUCUGCCACAAUUCGACAUCAUUCCACAGACGUCGUCCAACGACGUCGGCUUGCGGUACGACUUCGACUCCAUUAUGCACUACGGAUCCUUCGCGUUCGGCACUUACAUCAGCGGAUUAGGAAUCCGCCUUCAAACAAUAGUGGUGAAGAACGAUCCCACCAGGAUCCUCCUUGAGCCUUACGAGAAGAACUCCCUUUCGUUUCGAGAUACCGCGGAAAUCAAUCUGAUUUACGCUAGCCAGUGUCAGGGUACUACAUCGAAAACCAGCAGUGCAACUAAUUCCACUACGACGGCGUCUCGGGAAACCACGACUACCGCAAUAAUUAGCUCAUCCGAGACUGAAUUAGACGGACUUGCGUCGACAUCUGACGACAGAAGCUCGAUUGCGAGCACUAAAUUUACCCAGCAGUGGAGUAAUCCGAGCUUGGCAGCUGUUUUUAGUAGUUUGUCAACUUCUGAUAGCUCUGAAACACAGUCAGAGUCAAGCGAGGAUUAUAAUAAUUUUAGUCAGCCCACUGCGGUUAUGUCGAGCCGAGAUAUCACGAAUGGAAAAAUGACGACUAUGUCUUCGCUUUCCAAGUCUUCGGUUGAUGAUUUGACUGGUUUUUCAUCAACAGCAGCCAUUGAUUCACCUGAAAGCGAAAUUUCCCCAGGGAAUGAUUCGUCUUGGACGACAGGUUCCAGCACUACUGUUUUCGAACUCAACGGAAGUUCGAAUUCGAGGACAUUAGUGGAUACAACUUCUAUUCCGAUCUCAGUUCACGAUUCGACUGAUGAUUUUGCAUCGACACUCAUUGAUACAUCUGAAAGCGAAUCGUCGCAAGGAAAUAAUUUAACUGAGACAGUGGCAGAGUCUGAAGUGUUUGACACCACAGGAAAUUCCCCUUAUUGGAAGACAUCAGUUACGACUUAUUCUAGUCCGUCUUCAGUUCACGAUUUGACUGAUGAUAUCCCAUCAACAAGCAUUGAUUCAUAUGAAAGCGAAUUUUCGCCGAAGACUGAUUUGACCGGGACGACGGACACCAGGGUGUCGGUUUCUGAGACGAUGACGGGAAGUUUGGCGUUGACCUCGGGUGACCUGAGUUUCACUAGUGGAAUGAGAGCAGUGUUUCGAAUGCGACACGAGAGACUGGCACUUGUGCGAAGCAACGAUGUUGUGCGGCCUAGAACAGACGCUGUUGUUGGAUUUUCGCGGUUCGUCAUCUGGCGUCCGGGACUUCGUCGACACCUGCAGCAGAAAAUAUAA